AUGGUUGCGCUAUGCCAAACCUGGAGUAGCAUCCCUGAAAUCAGCACUGCCAUUGGCCCUGACCAGGCAGAUGUGUUGAGCUGUGCCGAAAGAUUGGAAGAACUGAAGGCUGACGUGUCCGAGAAGGCGCAUAGUCUGGAAUCCUUCCAGGAUUCCUUGCAUGCAACUCAAGCUCAGCAGCUGCCGGAAGACAUCGAGCAUGAAGGCAGGAAUCCAACUUUUCUGCGUGUUGCUGUCUGA